ACUAAACAACUAACAUGUCCCACUGCUUUGGACCCUACCCUGAGUUUCGAUAGCCGGACAUUACGCCCCAAGUGUGCUCGAUGCCGUAAUCAUGGUCUGAUAGCUUGGGUCAAAGGACACAAACGUCAUUGUGCCUAUCGGGAUUGCACUUGUGCCCAGUGUAUUCUCAUUGUCGAACGUCAACGAGUGAUGGCAGCUCAGGUGGCCUUGAAGAGACGUCAAGCGGUCGAAGAGGUACUCGCGUUAGACUGGCAGCGGAUGACCAGUGACCUACCAGAAAACAUAUACACACAAACGAGCAUGGCAGCUCGAAUCAUGCCGCAGCUCACUCACAUCGGAUGUCACGUGACUGUCAGCCCGUUGCACUUCCUUGACUUGUUUUGUUGUGUUGUUCACAAAUCCAGGGGCCUGUCAAGUUUCCGAUUAGUAUUUCAAACUCGAACCUCGGUGCGGGGAUGGAAUAGCUGUAUACUGUGCUUCCAAGGUUUGCUGCCCUGA